AUGAUUUGGGUUCUUUUCUUUCGCACAAUCUCGUCCAUUGAAUAUAUGCCAGGCAAUGACCUUAUCGUAGGCACCAAGCUGUAUAGGCCACGCGGGCUCGAGUUGAAGCGGUUUUUCACGACAGAUGAUGGUAAGAGGGAGGGAAGAGAAUCUUCCCGAAUGCAAGAGAAACAACAUCUCGUGAACGACAGAAGAAAUAUGAAGCCACCAAAGGAGCCGCAGAAAUGGCAGUCCCUCGUACAGAGUACUUUGAACAGGUCAGAAAGUGUGAACCAAGACGCAAUUUUGGUUUUUAGUAUAACACACAGAGCCUCAAAGGCAUGGGUAAUUGUCACUUCGUAG